GUUAAAUCUACUGGUUUUGAUAACGUAGGUCUUUAAAUCAAUUAAAUAGUUGUUUUUUGUCACUGUGUUUCCGCUGAAAUAUUUUGUGGGUGUUGAAAUUACAUGCAUUUUCUCACGUUCUAAAGCAUUUACAGCGAUGAUAAAAUUCACUAAUUACUUGGACUACUUGGACUUCACUAUAAAAUAUUAAAUAUAUAAGUUUUGGAACCGUCGAUGUCGAAAUGACCGAAAUGUUGUCGAAAAUUACAUAUAAUACAAUUGCCACUUUUUCGUGUACAACAAUACAGUUACGUCUGUACCAUUUGCUGUAUUUGUUAAGUGAAGAACAGUGAAAACUAUCCAGCCAUUUUUGGGUACUAUUUUAUAAACAACGUGAAAAAUCUAGGCGAUGUGAAAAUAAUUUUUCAAAUAUUUAACUGUAAAUCAAUUUAUAAUGAUUAUACUUACAACUAUAGUUAUACAGGGUGUAUAAAAAAAAGCGCAAUCCUCGACUGAAAUGUAAAUUGCUAAACAAAUAAUAGACGAAAACGUUAAAGUUUACAUUCAUUUUAAAGCGUAGCCAUUCAGCUUUCUAACAGUGAGUUGUUUCUUAAAUUUGACUCAUUGGUUCGCGGGUAAUAAUACUUUACGUUAUUGCGAUUGGAGAUUAAAAAAAUUGAGAUGGAAUAACAAAUCGUUCUCAUGAAAAUAACUGAUUUUUUCAUUAAAACAAAAAUGUUGCAUUUUAUUAAAUGGAUUGUAACAAUAAGUAUAAUUACGGCUUUUCUUCCACUAUUUUUAACUCAGUUUGAAACUUCAAAUGCGAUAUAAUUUUGGCUUGGACCAUCUAAGCUGACUGACAUCAACUUGCUAUAAUUUCUGUUUACAUUACAUCGCAAUUCGAUGACACUCUGGCUCAGACACCAGAAUGUUUUGACGAUUUUAGCAUUCGUUUAGGAUUUUCAAACAACCUGGUCUCUUUUAAAAUACUUUUAAUUUGUUCUUACGUGGUUUUCCAGAUGUAGUGACGACAACAUUAAAGUUUAAAGAAGAAAAUUCUAACAUUUAAACCGACUAAACAAUAACAUAGUAAACUUGCAUAAUUAAACAGCAACUAAAAUGAUAGGUUUUACUAAAUCUUUUCCUGUGCAAUUAUUACUAGCAUUGGAGACAAGGAUAAUAGUUUGUUUGAAAGAGAAAAGAACAGGCUUUGAAGUAAGUCUAAAAGCGUUUAACUAGAAAUAGUAUUUCGAAAGUUAUUAAGCACAAAAGAUGAAUUGCGUUUAUUUUGAUACACCCUGUAGAAGUUAUAGAAAUUUUAAUUUUCACGCAUGCUUACUAUCCGCUCUGUUCUAAAAAGGUUGCUACCCAGAAAUGGCGGCGUGAGAAAGGCUAAUUGAAGACUUCAAACACGAAUGGUUGCUCAACUUUUUUCCACUCAUUAUUUUCCCUUGCCUUUUGAAAGCAUAUUUAUACUUGCGCGGUUUACGCUUUUAUCUGCAAUUAAUGUUUAACUUGGCUUCAGCUAAUCACAGGACUCGAUCAAAAGAGUUAUCGUUCUAUAGACAUAGUGUUUCUAGAGCUAAACGUUUACUAGUGAGUAGUGUUACCAGGUAUAAAACCAUUCACGUGACACAAUAUGGUCGACAUUUUUAAGUUGUAAAAAGUAUUUUAUUCAGUUCGGCUUUCCUCGCCAUGAGUCAAAUUAUAUCUUUACUUUAUUCUAAUUUUGAUUUAUACUCGUGUGCUUUUUUUCUGAAGGAAUGUGUAGGGGAGAAUGCAGAUACUUUUGCGUACAUAGGAAGAUCACUGCCUUUCGAUGAAGACGGUGUCUGGCCCAUCGUGGACAAUCCUAUGAUGUCAAUGUACAAGAACGGCACUCGAACUCAAUAUGUAGCAAAAUCAUUCAGCAAAACAUAUUGGAAAAUGUUGGAAAAAUUGCAAAAUGUUUUUGACGGAAACACGUUCUUGUUUGGCGAUACAGUAGCAAUCAUGAAAGAACUGCUUAUCCACGGUAACAGGUUGGUUCAGACACCAAUUGAAGAGAAUGGAGAUCCAGAUAUCGGCCCUAAUGCAGCCCCAAUCUAUCCAACCAAAUUACCAGAUCCAUAAAAUCAAUGUGUUGAUGGCAAUAGAAGUUUCCCAACAUGCAUGUAUGCAUUAUUUUAAUACUUUGAAAGAAACUAUUUCACUCGAAGAAAUAGUAUUGAAUUCAGUACUGUCUGACUUAAUUUCGAUAUAGCUAUGCAGCUGUAAACAUUUCCAUGAUGAAAUAAUGGCCGAAAUAUCUGCGUUUAAACUUGAGUUAAUAUUUUUAGAAGAAGCGAUAAAUGGCUAGGAACGGUUUUACUAAAACAUAACAAUAAAAGUAUGUGUUUAGAUACUCAACGGUCAGAAAUAAAGUACUUAUUUAAUUUGUUUCUUUAGACAAAUUCUCAUUCAGUAUAUUAACUUACUGACUGAGAGUGAGGAUAGUACGGGAAAAUAUCAAAUCGAGGUAUUGUUGAAUUGACCGAGCGAUAGCGAGGUAUUUCCGCGUAUACAGCCGGCCCUGAACGGUCAAAGUUAGUAAGUUUUUUUAUUAUUUGUCAUUCGGCAGGUUUUCAAAAACGGAUGAAAAACAAAGCCACGCGUGAGGGUUAUUAUAGACUUUCAGUUGCACAAAUGUAUCUCUACUUUUCAGUCUGUUUGUAAACUAUACUACAAUACUAGUCUUUUUCUAGAGUUUUAAUGGAGUUUUGCAUAUCCACCUGCCAACAUGAAUGCAGCCUCUUGUUCGGAAAAUCGUAUACAAUCGAACAUAUUUUGGAUCGUUUCUUAUUGUGGGUUAUUAUGACAUGCUGUAAUAAUGGCCGUAAAAGAUACUUUUCAGACAUACAUUCCCAAUUAAUAGUUUCAGACGUGCAACGAAAGCAAAGCCAUUGGUCUCUUCUUCAGAGAACGUUAACGGUUUAAAAAGAAAUAUUUUGGCUAAUAUUACAUUUAUACAUAUAAUGUUCACGACAUACAUAAGUUAGACAGUUACGGUUGGCCGAUUUGAUAAGAGGAUGUCAUUGAGUGCAUGAUUGCCUCAUUAUGCCCCAAAUCUAUUUUUUCUGUGUACAAGUUGGUAUAAAAUAAAACAUGAACGAAAAGGUGGAACAAAGACUUUGGCCGAUUUUCAGGACAAUGAUGCUUGUGAUGUUACUCCGAGUGUAUAUCCACACCGGGCAAGCUUGAAAAAUAUGCCUGGCCACGGUGGGAAUCGAACCUACGACCUUUGGAAUACUAGCCCAAUGCUCUUCCAACUGACCUCCAAAGGCCGUAGGUUCGAUUCCCACCGUAGCCAGGCAUAUUUUUCAAGCUUGCCCCGUGUGGAUAUACACUCAGAGUAACAUCACAAGCAUCAUAUUCACCUGAGAACAUUACACCUACACAGAAAAAAUUUCAGGACAAUAUCUUGAUCGACGAUGUUUACAGAGUAAUUUAAAAGGUUCAAGCAUGCAUUUCUAAGAUUUGUUUGGGACAAGGCGUACUGGUUUUCGAAAAAAAACACAAUUGCGAGAUUGUAGAAAUACAAGAUAAAGAUCUCACAGGUUAUUUGCAAACUUAUACUACAGGUUGUUAUAAAACUGACUUUGUACAUAUAUUUUGAAGCCUUUUAGGGAAAAUCUAUUCCAUCUUCACAUUAAUUGGAAGAGUUUGAUUUCUUUUUGUGCUCAUGCAUCAACAAGAAAAUCAAACGAUUCCCAUCGGCAUCGAACAUCGUGAUUAGAUUAUGUAUACCGACGGACAGCGAUUAAAACGAUUGAUGUUCGUGACUUGAUGGUAUAGGAUACCGAUUCUAAUCUGAUAUUAAUACCAUUUUAUCUAUAUAUCAUUGUGCUAAUAAUUCGUAAAUUUUCACGUGUGUAAUGUAUUGGCAAGAAGCCAUUAUUUAAUAGAUUAUGUAAGAGUUAGAUACCGAAAACGGAGGCUCUUAGUCAGAUACAAACCCGAGGGGCCGUAGGCCCCGAGGGAUUUAUCUGACUAAGAGCCGACGUUUGAGGUAUCUAACUAACUUAGUUCAUAUUUGUAAGGAUUGACCCACAAUGAAAUUUACUUUAUGAUAUGUAUUGUUCUUUAAAUGAGUUUGAAUUACCAUGGUUGUAAUAAAAACAAACAGGGCUAUUUUGAUAUGCAUCAAUUCUCGUGUCGCACUACUGUAUAUUAUCAAUGAGAAGUGAUUAAAUAUUCGUUCACCAACCACAAAUCCCACAAUUACGAUGAAAUAUGUUUGAAAUAGCUCAUACAACCGAGAAGAGCUAACGAAGAUUUGUACGGGUUUGUCGAAGCAGAAAUUCUCAAGUUGUUCUCAACAGGGUUUUAUUUGUAGGAUAAAAACCAAAUGGGAGGUCUUUCAUUGAAAUUCAAGACCGAGGCGUGCAGCACCGAGGCUUGAAUUUCAAUGAAAGACCGACCAUUUUCUAUUGUCCUUGGGAGGCUGUGGGACGAAAUAAGGUUGAACAUGCGCAUUAAACACGCUUUAAUGUGGUUGAGCAUGCGUAGUAUAUCAUUUCGCGUCCCACAAGCGAAAGAGCAGAUAUUACUGUAUAAAUUCCUUGCAAAGCAAGUUUGAUGGUCGGUUCAGCUAGUCCUCGUGCACCGAAUGACAAAUAUUCUACCCAAAGGUAGAGUUUGACGGGCUUUGAGGUACACGGCUGUUGUCUCUUUGUCGACUCAGAGACGUGCAGCGUUUUCUAGUCGAAAAGGAGAUGUGGGGUUUGAGUUUGGUUAAAAAUUCAAGGUAUCUAACUCCAUAGUGACCUCCAAAAGGGGUCACUAUGGAGUUAGAUACCUUGCAUUUUUAAUUAGGCAUUCAAUUCUAUUCAUCAACCCCGCUUUUCCCUGUGGAGAUAUCAAAUCCCUCCCCUUGCUUUUAGAUUCUUACCCAAAUAAAACCCUAUUGAGAACAAUAGAUAUCCGCACAAAUAUGAACUAAGAAUGCGUGGCGGCAUUAGGUCAGCAACGUCUAUUCUAUAAUCGGUUAAUUAAAAGUGUAGUGUUAUAACAGUAAAAUUAAUUAUCUUACCGCGCAUGGUUAUAUAAUAUAAUUCUUAUUGACGGAUUUAAGCUAUAAUUGUAGAACGCCUUGUUAUUACUGCUUUUUUGAAUAAAUCUUUUUCAAUAUGUUUUGGCUCA